AUGGAUCAUCACUUAAUACAAGUUGAUCAUCAUGAAGAAGAAAAGAAACAGGAUGCUUUUACUGCUUGUAUGCCAAUUCUGAAAAAAAUUGUUGAACAUAAUGAUGAAGAUUUGCAUCAAUGGUUAUCUAAAUUAUUGGUACAAUUGAAUAUUACUGCUAAUGAUAAACAAAAUCUUAAUGAAAUUUUCUCGACGAUUCUGUUUGAAAUACAAAAUUUAAAAGAUCGAUUAACAAAUCAGGAAUCAAAAAUUGAAUCUCAAGAAUUACGUAUUCAAACCCUCGAAUUAAAGCAACAAAUGCUAUUUCGAUUUUAUUUCCUCGACGAUAUUAUCAAACAAGUAUGGCCAGCAAUGAACACAUGGCCAAAAUUCACAGACGAAUGGUCUAUUCGUGAGCAAGAAGCUAUGGUGUCACUGAACAUUGACAGGAAAUUUGUUGAUCCAAAAGAAGAUUUAAAUGUACAAAAUCAUGAACGCGUACGAACUUUCAUUGAACCAAUUGAAAGUGAAUUAAAACGAGUGACUAUGUUGAAAUUGAAAUUAAUUGAUUUACGUAAAAUAGCGAGUGAUCGAUUUCAGUAUGCUCAUGAGCCCAUCCGAUCGGUAGCUGAACAACGAGAUAUGAUUACAAAAUGUCUUAAUCAUGUUUAUCCUGCCGAAUAUAAAUACACUUUAAUGGUAAAGAACAUGGUGCUCAAAUUAGCUGAACGUGAUCAAAAUAUUUCUAAAAGCGGAUUAAAAGAUUUUCGCAAGUAA